AUGGAUGUUCAGAACUCUUCCCAAAUUGAUGCAGCAACUAAUGCAGGCAAUGGCUUUACCAUGAACCAACAACAACAGCGACAACACAAGAGCAUCGCUUGGUCAAACUGUGACGCUGCAGCUGCGGCUACAGCUUCAUCCAGUGAAACUUUGUUGAACCAUAUGAGAAACACACUUCUCAACUCCCAAGUGAAUGCAGCGCCAUCUGCUCGCCAGGUUGCCAAUGCCUUUUCCAAUACCCACCAGCGUUCAUCCGGAUUUCCAAGUCUUACAAACAAUCCAUUUACCCAAUCCAACCCUCAGCAACUAAUGAUUGGAUCGAUUGGAAGUGGUCUACCUUCUGGCAUGAACUUUAAUGGAAACAUUUUUGAUCACCCAUUGAUUAAGAACCCUGCUCUUCAGCCAACUCCUAUUCAGGAGCUCAAGUCCAAUGCCAACGUCCAAGGUAGCGGCGGUCGAGUCCAGCCCCAAGGCACCUUGUCCUUGUUGGAUGAAUCUUUGGAAGCCCUCUUGAAGGAUGAGUCUUUUGGGCUUGGUACCGAUGACCCAAGCCCACUCUUUCGUCAAGAUCCUGCAGCAUUUGUCUUCCCCAAAGACUCUCUUGAUUCGAUGCAAAAGAGAUUGGUCCCCACUGGCGGACACAUGAUGAUGAUGCCAGAUAAUAGUGCCAAGAGGCAGAGAACUGGCUACGAGCAAAAUUCUCGAGCUCCCCGCUUUAGACCCUACCAAGAGAAGCAAUGGCAGGAGCAAUUUGAGGAACUGCUGAGCUUCAAAGAAAAGCAUGGCCAUUGUCUUGUCCCACACAGCUUUGAAGAGAACCAAACCCUCUCUCGCUGGGUCAAGCGCCAGCGCUAUCAAUACAAGCUCAUGAAAGAGAACAAGGUCACAACUAUGACUGCCAGCCGUGUCGUUCAGUUGGAAGAGAUUGGAUUCAUCUGGGACUCCCACGCCGCAGCCUGGCAAGAGCGCCUCGGAGAACUUGAAGCCUACCUCAAGAAACAUGGGGACAGCCAUGUCCCAUCCAACUAUCCAGAUAACCCACAAUUGGCCACUUGGGUCAAAUGCCAGAGAAGACAAGGUAAAUUGUACUUCAAUGGUAGACCAAGCAACAUGACCAACGAGCGCGUAGCCGCUUUGAAUCGAUUGGGGUUCUCUUGGGGAAUGCGCCAUGGACUUUGA